UGAGAAUUUGUCUAAGCAAUCAAAAAAAUCAAUUCUCAGGAGAUUUUAAAAUUCACUUAUGAUAUCGGCUUUUCCCUCUAGCGUUUCCGGCAUUAUAACGAAUCAGCGACGAAAGGUAUAAGAGUUAUUUGACAUCGCCAUUCCCACGUGUUCUCUUUCAUCCAGCGGCUGCGGCGCCCGCCCUGACCCCGACCCUCCGCCCCCAGACUCGACUGGCAGCGCAACCCCCCAGCCUCGUUCUGGUGUCGUGUGCGAGAGCCUGUGCUCAAGUAAGAAAUCGGGCCUCACUGGAAAAAACACUGAAGCAAAGGUUCGACAACUACUUUUCCAGAACAGAAAGGAAACUCAUGCAUCAGAAAAGGUGACUUAUAAACGUACCAAAAGAAUAUGGCUACACAAAUACCAGAAUCUGAUCAGAUAAAACAGUUUAAGGAAUUUCUUGGAACCUACAAUAAACUUACAGAAACCUGCUUUUUGGACUGUGUUAAAGACUUCACAACAAGAGAAGUAAAACCUGAAGAGAACACCUGUUCAGAACAUUGCUUACAGAAAUAUUUAAAAAUGACUCAGCGAAUAUCCAUGAGAUUUCAGGAAUAUCAUAUUCAGCAAAAUGAAGCCCUGGCUGCCAAAGCAGGACUCCUUGGUCAACCACGAUAAAGAAGUCCUGAUGGAUGGACUUUUGAUGAAAAGUGACAAAAGCUGUUGCACUGGAAAUGAGGAUUCACCUGAUAGAAUCCCCUGAAAGCAGCAUCUACCAUGUUAAGCCAUCUGUCAUAAACAGCAAAUGGAAACCACUGGAGAAACAUAAUUGCUAUUUACCGGAAAUAAUCAAAAUAGAAGGUCUUAUUGUUCAGUAAAAGUAGUGAGAUACAACACUUGUUGAGGCCUUAAGAUUCAGCAGCUUGGUCACUUGAUUAGAAAAAAUAAACCAUUGUUUCUUUGACGUGACUGUUAAUUUUAAAGCAAAAUAUGUGUUCAAUCAUGUAUGAGAUAGAAAAAAAUUUUUAUUGCUAAAAGUGAAAUAAAUGGAAAUAUCACUGAACAGCUGUUUAUAUAGUACCAUGGGUAUUAUGACUGGACUGUGGACACGAAGUGAUUUUCAAUCAGGAUCAUCCUCCAAGCAUUCCUGCUCAUUCAUAUCUGCCUCAAAUUGCUGGUAAAUACAUAAAAUAGUUACUUGCUAAUCAUUUCAAUGCACAAUCCUUUUCUUGGCUCCCUUCCUGUGUCAGGGUGAGCACUACACAUUUUUGUCCUAGCUACAAUUUCAUGUAUCUUCAGGAAACAUCCCAUCUGAGACUAGCUUGCGAAUGUUUAAGAGCUGAUUAUUGUGCUUUAGUGGAGACUGUGUUGUUCAAAAGCUGAGAAUCCAACAUGAAUGAUUCCAAGUUAAACCAAUAAUAUACGGUAUAUUCUCAGCCACUGCAUGUGACCAAUGUAAUAAAAAGUAAACCAAA